AUGAAAUGUUUGGACUUAAAGCCAGAGCACGUGGUCGCUGACAUUGGCAGUGGAACGGGUGCCAUUUCGAAAGAUCUCUUUGAAUUUUCAGAUCUUCACAAUCCUAUUUGGUGUGUUGACCCCAGUGUGGAAAUGCAAGAUGUUGCUCGACAAAAGAAAGGGGUUAACUCGAUUCUGAAAACAGCUGAAGAAUUUUUUUCGAAUCCGCAAAUUAGCGAGAGGUUUGACCGAGUGAUAGCUACUAUAAGUGCACAUCAUUUUGUAAACGCCGAUGCUGUUUUUGAGGGAAUACUCCGUAGUCUACGUCCCGGUGGUUUUUUCUUGCAAUUCAACGCCAUCAAGAGCACUCUCCCGUCAUUUAAAAGUGCAAAAAUGCUUCUUAGCCAAUGCUUUGAGCGAGAGAAUGAAUUCAGCGACCUAUUGUUGAGAAAAAUCGGUUUGAAUGCAAACAUUUUUGAGGAGGAGUUCUCCUUUUCAGCGGGGAUAAAGAAAUCGAAGCUGUACGAACGAUAUCGAUGCCGUUUUGUAAGUUUAUUUCAGAAAUAA